AUGAGGGUGAAUGACAAGCUAAUGAAUAUUAAGCUAGUUGUUGGAGGUUUUACUUUGAACAUAAUUAGUGCGUACGCACCCCAAGCAGGCUUGGAUGAGGAAGUCAAAAGGCGUUUCUGGGAGGAUUUGGAUGAGAUGGUACGUGAUUUCAACGGCCACAUUGGAGCGACGUCUGGGGGGUAUAAUGAUGUGCGUGGUGGCUUCGGUUUUGGAGAUAGAAACGGAGGAGGAACGUCUCUGCUGGACUUUGCUAGAGCAUUUGAUUUGGUGAUAGCAAACUUGAAUUUUCCGGAGAGGAGGGAACCCUUGGUCACCUUCCGUAGUUAUGUUGUCGAGACUCAGAUUGAUUAUUUACUCUAUAGGAAGUCUGAUAGAGGUCUUUGCACGGAUUGCAAGGUCAUCCCGAGGGUCUCAAAGGAUAACUAUGGUGGUGAUAAGGGAGACUGGUGGUGGAAUGGUGAGAUGCAAGGAAAAGUGAAAAUCAAGAAAACGGCGUAUCUGAAUCUAGUGAAAAGUGUAGACGGGAAGGACAAGAGGACGAAUAAGGAGCAUUAUAAGUUGGCUAAGAAAGAGGUAAAGCCAGUAGUUACGGCGGCAAAGACUGGAGCUUUUAGUCGUUUGUAUGAGGAAAUCGAGGGCCGAAGUGGGGAAAGAGGUUGUUCAGGCUAG